AAAAUGGGUAAAUUCACAAUUAUAUUAGUUUGUUCCAAUUAUAACAUAUAAUUUUUUGCAGACUCCUUAUUACUUUCUGAAGAAAUCAAGCAAUUAAAACGUUUAAGAGAGUUUUAUGAAGAUCAAUUAAAGUUAGUGGGCAUAGAAAUGUGUGAUUUGGGUGAUGAUGUCUACAAUUUGCUUGAUGAAUCUGUAGAGUUACAGCGUGUUACCAAUUUGCAGGACAUGCGCCUGUCGAAUCUACAAACUUUUUACUACAAAAAGAAAAAGGAACACUUGGACAAUCAAGCCAUUAUAGCGCAACUGAAAAACGAUAUUAAAAAACAGCAACAAGAGUUGGAAAAAGAACAGACAGAAUGCAAUUUAUUGGAAAAAUUUACCACUUCAAUUAAUAAACGUCUAGUAUCCGAGGCUCAAAUGCAAAGUUCAAAACUAGACAUAGAAGCCAGCAUGAAGAAUUUACAAGAUCACUUAGAAACAUUGGAGAUACCAGACGACUUUAAUAUAGACGAGUUGAUCAAAAAAGUGGAUUUAUUGAAAAAUGAAAAAUCUAAAGAAAAGAAAGAAUUUUAGCAUUCAAAUUAAAUACAUAUCGCACACUAAAUACAAUAACGUCACAACUCAUAAUUCUUAAAUUUUCAGGAGCAAAAACGGUUGAUCUUCCAGAAGCAAUGCAAUAAACAAAAACAGACAACGAAAUUUUUGCAGUCAAAAGAGAUAGUGACGAGAACGACAUUUUUGGAGUAGUUAAUAGAUGUGUACUGUGAAUCAAUUUAUUGAAAAAAUUCAAUUUUGAAAAAUUUUAAGUUGUGACGUUAUUGUAUUUAGUGUGCCGAAAGGUAACCAUAUAACUAACAAAAAUUUAAUUGAGAUUGUUUUUAACUGAUUCUGAUUUAUGUUAUGUUGGCAAUUAUCAAAAUACUGGUCUUAAAAUACUUUUGUGAUUAAAAAGGUCAUCUGUAAAUUAUGUGGUUUUGUUUUAAAAUUAUCGCUAUAUCGUAAAGGGUUAUAAGUACAGCUUGUUCAAUAAAAAUGUGUUUCAAUUUGUA